CUGCCGGCGGCGCGGGGGCGGGGGCGGCGGCGGAGGGGCGGCGGCGUCUCCUGGCGGCGCGGCGGCCCCGCGGCGCCCGGGGCGGCUGUGGCGGCGGCCGGCGGCGCGGGCAGGCGCAGCCGCGGAGACAGGCCGAGGCCCCGUGGCCGGAGCCGUGCUGAAGCCACCAGGGCGCGAGGGUUGGAGCUACCCCCGAGGCCUCUCCCUGUCCUCGCGCGCAGGCUCAGGAGCGGGAAAUGGACGCGCGCUCGGCGAGUUUCCACUGCCCCGUGGUUCCAGAACAGGCUUUCGCCAAAGGCAUGAGGUCGAGCAGCGCGAGCAUCUCCCUGUGGACGGUCGUGGCGGCCGUUCAGGCCGUGGAGAGGAGCGUGGACUCGCACGCCGCGCGGCUGCUGAACCUGGAGCGGAGGACGGUGACAACCGAGAAGAAGUACUUUGACUGUGAGAAAACAGUAGUGGAUUUUGGUAACCAGAUGGAGAGCAAACUGGCCGUGCUGGGCACCCUCAUCCAGGAGUACGGGCGGCGCCUGGAGAGCAUGGAGAACCUGCUCAAGAACAGGAACAUCUGGAUCCUGCAGCUGCCCCCGGGCACCCAGGGCGAGGUCCCCAAGGUCCCGAUGGCAUUUGGAAAUGACACUGCUUCCUCUUCUGAGCGAGAGUGGGAGCAUCUAGAAGAAGGGCAGAAAGAGCUGUACAAAAAUAUGAUGAAAGGGAACUAUGAGUCUCUGAUCUCUCUGGACUAUGCAAUCUCCAAACCUGACCUCCUGUCCCGGAUUGAGAGAGGAGAGGCACCCUGCGGUGGGAACCAGGUGGACUCGGGAGAGAGAGACAUUCCUGCAGAACCAAGCACAGCAGAGUCUCUGGCAUUUACAUGUGACGUGAGCAGCCAGGACAACGGAGAAGGCGUGCAGUGCCUGAGAGGACAGGAUGACCCGAAGGAGAGAAUAAAUGCGCUGGCUGAACCCCAAGCUGCAGACUACGCCAUUCCAGAGCCAAGUUUCCCGUGCGUUGUGAAGCAAGAGGAAGAGGCGUGUGUGGAGGAGCGUGGAGCUACGGAGGAUGCCGAAUUUGCAGAGCUCAGCGUGGUUCCAGCAGAUGAGGUGCUGACGUUCAAAAUAGAAGAGGACUCUGAUGAAUCUCUUCAAAGCUCAGAGACCCCCAAGACUUUAUCCAGGGAAUUACAGGAGCUUGUUUUCCAGGGUCCCAGUGAGGAGCUGCCCUUUGAUAGUCAGUACAGCUCCCCGGUGCAGCAGAGAAACCAGAGGACGAGCGGGCUGGUACCACCUGCUCCGGCGGAGAGCAACGCUAUCACGUUUUACGGGCAAAGCUGUCCCGGUGAGAGACCUCACACGUGUGGUGCCUGUGGGAAGGGCUUCCGGCUGAAGAAGAUCCUCGCAACGCACCAGCAGAGCCACGACGCGCUGUGCUGUGGUGAGCGCGCUGAGCACGACGAGGGCUUCCUGCAUCAGCAGCGCUUCGAGCUGCGCCAGCAGAUCCACGCGGAAGACAGGACCGACGCAGCCGCAGAGCGCACGCAGAGCCUCAGGCAGAACAACAGCGCGAAAGCCCACGCCAGGGUCCCAGCCACGAACAAGGGGUACGGCAGUCCCAAAUGCAUGAAAAGCGUCAACACCAACGGCAGCUACAGGCCAAGUCAGAAGAGCCAGCUGCGGGAGAAGCCUUACAAGUGCAACAAGUGUCAGGAGAGCUUCUCCCAGAAGAAAACCCUUGUCAUCCACCAGCGUGUGCAUUCAGGCCGGAGCGGAGGGGUCCUGGGUUGCUCGUACUGUGGGAAGACCUUCAGCCACCCCUCCAAUCUGAUCCGGCAUCAGAGGAUCCACACUGGAGAGAGGCCGUACCAAUGCAGCGAGUGCUCAAAGAGCUUCACCCAGAAGCAGCACCUCCUCCAGCACCAGAAAAUCCACCUGCGUGAGAGGAACCGCGUGGGUACGCAGAACGUGAGAAAGGCACCGCUAGACAACUUCUUCUAGCUUGUGCUGGGCUUGCUCAGAUCCUACAGCCCCUGGAGGAGGUGGAAGAGGACAAAGUCUCUGUCUCUCUGCUGCUCAGCAUUGAAGGCUCUCUGACAAUUUAAUCAAAAGGUCCAUGCAAAGUAGGACUAGGAUUCACCCUGGCACCACUGCCCUUUUCGUCAUGGUGCGAUGGUAUGCCAUGGUACCUCCUAGUCAGCCUGAAAACCUCUUGAGGAUGAAAGUGUUUAGGACCUCUCCAGGUUUAAAGGAAGCACAUGGAAUCAGUUGGUUGAACUGGUUACAGCUAGGUAGAGUUUCUCUGAAGCAGCCACUCUUUGCCUGGAGUUUCCCUGGCUGCUCCCUGUGCUGAAGUUCUGCUGUGCUCAGUUUCAUGGGCAAGUUUGAGUUGCGUAUUCUCAAAAGACUCCUGGCAACUAAACGCACACACAAGGUGAGGCCUUGCUGGCAGUCUGCACAGAUGCCACAUGCACCAGGGUGAGGCAGCCAGUAAGUUCCCAACCCUCCGUGUGCCUCAGCACAGGCCAAAUGGUGUUUUCAUUGCUGCUACUGCUCAGGAAGCUAGCUGGAAAAAAACAGGUUCGGUUCCUUCUCUAGAGCCUAAAAUUGGAUUUAGUUUGUUGUAAAUGAUAAGUGUAGGGCCAAAUUCUGCUCUGAGCUGCUCUGAUACGCAUUGGGAUGUGUACCAUGGGAUACUCUAGACUUGCACUGCAGUAACUGUGGGGGGAAUUUGUUCCAUCGCCUGUCACUUCUUAACACGCCUAAAGGAGACGGCGUCAGCCAAGCUCCUGCUGAUACCUCUAAGACAAUUCCAGUGGAACUGAAUGGGGAAACCACUUGUUAGCCAGAGGUGGUGCACAUCUGUGCUCCCCUGCUGAAGUAAGUGUUGGGGUAGCGGUUUUUCUGGUGGUUGCCUGUACAUUAACACUUCUGUUCUGCUUAUUUAUUAUUCGUUGUCUUUUCCUGUCUUUAUCUCCCUUUCUCCCUGGGUAGCCUGUGGUACAGAUGUUUCUUGCCCUUUGCCUUUGAGGAUGAGCUUUCCUUAUAUCCCAAACAGUUACAGAAACAUUUCCCAGCAACUCGAAUUUGUUGAGCAACUUGCCCAACUAUGUAAUGCAACGCUGGGGCUCCCGUUGUUAUUUGACAAGGUCUGCUAGUUCCCACCAUCACUAAUCUGGGUUUAGAAACCCCCUCGGUUGCUUCCAGACCCCCAGGUGUCCGGGGGACGUGGGGAGGGUUGCAGGGGGCUUGUGAGGCCAGCUCAGAGCCUCUGCGCUGUCCAACUAACCUGCUUUUUGCCCGGAGCAGGCUGCGUGAGCGCUCCGGAGCCGCGCUGUGGGAACUGGCACAGAGCCACGCGUGCGGAGAUGUCUGCAGCUGCAGGUGUUCGCUUGGUGACCAACCGCCUGCAGCACUGUCCUCGCAUCUUCGUGCUGCUGGGGGCUUUGCUUUCGCGGUUUCUGAAGAGCGUGAGUAGGUCUGUGUGUGGCAAGCCUGUCUGUGCACGCCGUCGUUUUCUCAAGGUAGUAAGUCCACAAGGAUGGAGGAUUUCAUGUUCUGUCACUCCUUAAUGUUCAGUGGCCACUUGCUACCUUGAAGCAGCGAAAACAGACUAAUUUUCCUCGCACAUUUGUCCAGGUCUGACCAACAUGCCAGAGGAGACUCUCUUGGCAGUUAGCAGUAUGGGGCAUUUGAUACCUGGACAAGCAGUCUGGGUCUCGUCCGGGAAGCAGACAGACUAAUCAGCCCUUCGGUGGCUUCUUACUGACUCCAGUUGAAUUUCUUGUCUCCCUGUUACCCUUCUGUUGCCCAGACUGUGAGCCCUCCGGGGCAGGGAACUCGUUUGUUUCUAUCUGUUUGUAAAAUGCCAGUUAAAUUUGCAGCAGUAGAUACUUGAUUUUUAAUAAUAACAUUAAACUUGAACAGAUUAAA